AUUAGCUUUUUUUUUAAUUUUACAAUAUUUAAUGACACUCAACCGAUUUCAUUUUUUAAUUUGUAUCUGUUUACCUUUUUAUUGUUAUGUUUACCUUGUUAUGGUGUCAAGUCGCGCUUCAAAUAGCGAUUUUUCGCAAAAAUACACGUAUAGCGACUUUUCGCAUUUUUUCGCAAACGCGACAAUUGCUAAGCGUUUAGCGACGGGGUAAGCGUGUAGUGACGGAGUAAACAGUAGCAACGGAGUGCCAAACAUUAAAUUGUAGAAACAAAUCGUGCAACAUUGUGCCGUGUUUAGCGGCAAUCGAUCCUCUUCCGGAAUGGCUGGUUUUAGAUUAGAACGCUUUCCAAAAGUGUGUCACAUAUGUUUACAGUAUCAAGCGGAGGUUCCCUUCAUUUCUUUGAAUACAAUUGAUCGCAUCCAUGGAGUGCGACUGAUGAAUGUUUUAUACGACUUGAUGUUUCCGAUUUCACCGGAACUGCAACAUCGUGCACCGUGUGGUAUUUGUGAAUCGUGCUACAAAGAACUGAACGAAUUUCUUGCCUACCGUAAACGGUUGAAACUUAUCGGGAAGUUUGUAUUCAGCCUGGCGCUAUUGCAAAAUGGUCAAGCAAACCAUCUGGAAGAGCUGUUGCGCGACCAUCAGACGGAACUGUUGACGGUACUGCGUGAGCUUAAAAUUACUGACAAACACGAGCUUAUCGUUCAAGAUGUAUUGGAUGAAUUUAAUCAAUAUUACAUUGAUAGCAAUGUGGAACAAGAGUCAAAGCAUGAUGAUACUUACAUAGCGGAAGAUAGCGAGAAAUUCGUGGAUGGAGAGUUUUUUGCCUGCAAAACGGAUGAAACUAUGGAAGAGUUGGAAGAAACUGGAUAUGAGGUUGAAUCUAAUUUCGAAGAGAUUGAUAUGACUUCCGUGGAACAGAAUGGCCGGAAAAAAGCUGCAAUGAAAUCGGCGUUACGCUGCAGUCGACAGAAGCGAACAAUAUGCCAGUGUCAACAAUGCCCAUUUACAACGUCCUGUUCUAAAACAUUCGUGCAGCACAAGAAAACCCAUCAGAAGGAGCAACGUAAUGGUCACAUCUGUAAGCGAUGCAAUGAUAAGUUCGACACAAAACGCGAUCUGAUGCAGCACAAACGAGCCACACAUCGGGACCACAUGUGCGAUACCUGUGGGUUGGCAUUCGAUACAAAGUUCGUACUGGAAAACCAUCGCAAGCGGCAUGAACCGGUGCGCCAGCACAAGUGUGACUAUUGUCCGCUGGAGUAUUAUACGAAGGCGGAAAAGCUUCUGCACGUUCGACGGCUGCACCUGAACGCGUUCGAGGUAAGCUGCCCGGAAUGUGCACUAAUGUUCCGGACAAAACAGACGCUGGCCCAGCACAUGAAGACGCACACGAAUCAACGCACCCAUACCUGCAACACCUGUGGCUUUAGCUUUAAGUCCCACACGCAUUUGAAUCGGCACACCAAGGAACUGCAUCAGGGUGUGCAGUUUCCGUGCGAACAUUGUGAUACGACGUACCGGCGUAAGGAUAAGCUUCGUAUGCAUGUGGAGAAGAUGCAUAAUAUUCAAACGUACUUUGUCUGUGAUAUAUGUUUGCAAUCGUACGAUACGAAUGAAAAAUUGCAUGAACACGGAGCACGCCAUCAAAAUCCAAACGAGCUACAGUGUGGAGUGUGUCUAGGGGCGUACGUAACGAGAGAGGAAUUUAACAACCAUCUAUGCAUUACCUAUCGAGAAAACUACAUUUGCUGUAAUCGUGACUUCAAGUAUCACUACUUUUACAACAAACACAUGUUUCUGGUACAUGGUGAGCAGACAAAUGUGCGUGUGAAACCGGUCGAUGGCGUACUGCUGGGCCAGUAUCGGGCGAAGCGGAAACAAGCGGAACGAUGUCCAAAAUGUGAACAACAGUUUGCAACACGCCAACAGAAAAAGAAUCACAUGAAAACGUGUGGUCUGGUGCAGUACAAUGACACUCCGACGAAUCAUGUUACAGAACAUGCAGAAGAGCUGUUUCUUACGAUUAAUGCAGAUAGUAGUGUGUUGUGAAUUCCCUUGUACCCCCAGGUCAACGAAAUGAGCGUAGCCUUUAUGCCGAAAGUAUGCCGGCAAGAAGUAUGAAAACCUU